AUGUUGAUUCCAGCGACAGCCAUCUUGUUGCUGAGCCAGGUUGGCAUGAGCAAUGGCGCUCGACUGCACCAGAGGCGUCCGAACACCGUGUUCAUCCUUACCGAUGACCAAGAUCUGCAUAUGGACUCGCUGGCGUAUAUGCCUUACUUACAGAAGCAUUUGGCAGACCAAGGCACAACCUUUGCGCGCCAUUACUGCACUAUAGCCCUGUGCUGUCCUUCGCGAGUCAACCUCUGGACUGGAAGAGCAGCGCACAACACAAAUGUCACAGACGUUAAUCCUCCAUAUGGCGGAUACCCUAAAUUUGUGAGUCAAGGCUUCAACGAAGCAUGGCUACCACUAUGGCUCCAAGAAGCUGGCUAUAACACCUAUUACACUGGGAAGCUUUUCAACGCUCAUACUGUUUCCAACUACGAUUCGCCAUUCCCAUCAGGCUUUAACGGCUCUGACUUUCUUCUCGACCCCUUCACCUAUGAAUAUCUAAAUGCUUCUUUCCAGCGGAAUCAGGAUGCUCCAGUUAGCCACGAAGGGGAAUAUUCGACCGAUGUCCUUGCCAGGAAAGCAUACGGAUUUUUGGAGGAUGCCAUCGCUGCAGAGCGCCCCUUUUUUCUGACCAUCGCACCGAUCGCUCCUCACAGCAAUGUCGUAUUUUCGGAGGACUGGUUCGGUAACAAUGAAUCUGUCCACAACAUCAAGACAACUCCACCAGUACCUGCGAAACGACAUGAACACCUCUUCAGUGACGCAGUGGUUCCAAGAACACCCAAUUUCAAUCCAGACGAGCCAAGCGGAGUGUCAUGGAUCUCAACCCUACCAAAGCAGAACCAGACUAACGUGGACGUCAAUGAUCAUUUCUACCGUAAUCGGCUCAGGGCUCUGCAAGCUGUGGACGAGAUCAUCGAUGGCGUUGUCGCACGACUGUCCGACGCGCAAAUCCUGGAAGACACUUACAUUUUCUACUCAUCCGAUAACGGCUAUCACAUCGGUCAACACAGAAUGCAGCCUGGAAAAGAAUGCGGUUUCGAAACAGACAUUAACAUACCACUGAUCGUUCGAGGUCCUGGUGUAGCCAAGGGCCAAGUCAGCCAUGCUGUGACUUCUCACACUGACCUGGCUCCCACCUUCCUCACACUCGCUCAUGGCGGACUGCGGGAAGACUUUGAUGGCUCUCCCAUUGAUAUCCACGGCCAUAGUAAAGAUGAAACCAGAUUUGCAGACUUCUAUCCGCGGAAAGAGCAUGUAAACGUGGAGUACUGGGGCUUUGCUCUUUCAGAGGGCGAAUACGACCAGAGGUUUUUCUGGAACAAUACUUACAAAGCAAUGAGGCUCAUUGGCGAGGACUACAACGUUUACUACUCGGUCUGGUGCAGCGGGGAGCAUCAACUGUAUGAUCUCAAUACCGAUCCCUACGAGCUCAAUAACCUGUACGACGCAACAGACCAUUCCGCCCAAUUCUUCUUUACAAACACUGCCCACCUCCUUACCAAACAGACCACCUCAUCGCAUCAAACUGGCAAAUCUACAAGCUUCCACCGCCUCCUCUCGCGCCUUGACGCCCUCCUCCUUGUCCUGAAAUCAUGUCAAGCUCGCUCUUGCACACAUCCAUGGGAAACGCUCCAUCCAUCUGGCGAUGUUCAGAAUCUGCACGAUGCACUCGACCCGUACUUCGACAACUUCUACGAAAUUGAGCAGGAGAAGGUGCACUUCACAAAAUGCGAGAAGGGGUACAUCGUCGAGAGCGAGGGGCCACAGUCUGCGAUAAGCUUUGCAGAUGUUGGGGCUAGAGGUGGGAGGCUGUGGAGCGAAUUCGUAUAG